AUGGCUUCUACAUCCUUAUCAGACCAACACAACGCUUUCUCUGGAAUUGAACCUCCCAACAAAAGGAGAAAAGUGGAAGAAUCUUUCAGACUCUUCGAUGUGUUCAUCAACCACAGAGGCCCCGAUGUCAAACAAACUUUGGCUAAUCAGCUUUACAGCUCACUUGAGCAGCUGGGAAUACGGGCAUUUCUGGAUUCCGAAGAGAAAGAACUUGGAACUUCUUUUCCUUCUACUAUUGAGACUGCCAUCCAUUCUGCUUCGGUACACUUAGCCAUCUUUUCCAAAGGAUAUGCACAUUCCCCUUGGUGUCUGACCGAGCUGGUUCUCAUGUUACAGAGUAGAGCUAAGAUUAUUCCCCUCUUUUAUCAAAUGGAACCCUGGGAACUCCGUCAUAUCGAAAAAGGGGUGUAUGCUGGUGCAUUUCUUAAAUAUGAAGAGAAGGGCAGAUAUACCGAGAAGAUCAGCGAGUGGAAGGAAGCCCUUCAAUCAGUUUCAUGUACUACAGGCUACGAGUUCAAGGAUCCAAAGUUAACUCAAAAAAAAUUCUCUUCCAGUUCCAGUGACUGCAAGGAAAUAGUGUCCGCUGUCGAAAAAGAAGUAAAGAGGACAAAACAUUUGUAUGUUGCGAAACAUCCAGUAGGACUUCAGAAGCUUGUAAAGGGUUUUGAAAGGAAGUGCCUUCGUCAUCUUGUUCAAGAAUUUGAGAGCCAGUGCGGAAUGAGUGGAGCAGCAAAAGAGAAGGUUAAUGUCGUUGGCAUUUCCGGUAUGGGUGGGGUUGGAAAGACGACUCUUUCCAAGGAGUUGUUUAACCAAAAGAGAUCAGAAUACACAAGAGCAUGUUUUCUGUUUGACGUUCCGGAAGCCUCUGCCAAGGCUGAAUUUCCUAGUUUGCAAAGUACACUGCUCAAAGAACUCUUCGAUGAAGAUCACAGAUUUCGAAGUCUUGAGGAAGGGACAAGCUGUCUGAAGGAUCGUUUUGAAAGGAGCGGGUCUUUGAGUUUCAUAAUUUGUUUAGAUAACAUCGAUCAUGUGGAACAGUUAGAUGCUCUAAUAGCCCUAGAUAUAUUAAAUAAGUAUAAUAAUAAGCUGGUGAUUAUUACAACCCGUGAUGUAGGGGUCCUUGCAACUGCAGGAAUUGCGAAUGUUUAUCAAUUAAAAGGAUUGGAUAGAGAAGAUGGGAAGGAGCUGUUUUGCUGGUAUGCUUUUCGCCAAUCCCAUCCGUGUAGUGGAUACGAAGAUCUAGUGGAGACCUUCGUAAACAAGUGUGGAGGCUUGCCUCUGUCUCUUCAAGUUCUGGGCCGGCACGUUUCUGGUAAAGAUCCACGAUAUUGGAGGGAAGAAUUGAAAAGAGUCAGUAAGACGCUGCCCACAGAUGUAAAGAAGAGGCUGAAGAUAAGCUUUGAUUCAUUACAUAAUGAAGAGAAACAAAUUUUCAUAGAUGUAGCAUGCUUUUUCAUCGGCCAAUCAAAGAGUAUGGCCAUGACCAUAUGGGAGGGUUCUGGAUGGUGCUCUCAUCAUGCUUUGGAAACACUAAAAGAUAAAUGUCUUCUGGAGGAAGUUUACUUAAGGGAUCGGCCUUUCCUGGAUUGGAAAUCGAAAUCUGGUCGGGACGGAGUUGUUUUCAGAAUGCAUGACCACCUGCGGGACUUAGGAAGAGAGAUGGCAAAUGAACUGAGCAAUCCUCGUCGUGUGUGGCAUCCCCAAGAUCUUAAAUCUCUGGAAUUAAAGGGAUUCCACAACAUCUUAGCUCAAACCAAGGGCAGGUGUUUCCACACCAUUUCGGAUGAAUCCAUGGAGUGUCAAAUUAUAUACUUUAUAAGGGAGUCUGAAGACAGUUCUGAUACUCCUCUGCUAUGGCUUCAGCUUCAAUACCCGAACUGGCCUCAAGAUCACUUGAAUUCAGCUAUAAAGACAAGCAUUCCUUCAUGGAUUCCUCUUCAAAACUUGUUGUAUUUAAGAAUCAACGGUGGAUGUUUCCAAAGACUGUGGCAGAGUCAUAUGCAGGCCCCCUCUCAUUUAAAAGAGUUGCAUAUUGGUAAAACUUUUCUGGAAGAGUUUCCAGAUUUGUCGGGAAAAUCAAAUAAUAUGGAAAAGGUAGUUUUACAUGCUAAGGAAUUUCAAAUGGAUAUUUGGUCUUUAUUGGGAUCUAUAGGAAUGAAUCUCCAUAGUUUAAAUGUGAUGGGCUUGGAAUUAACAGGGGACCUGGCAUCCAGUGAUACUUCAGACAGGACUACUUUUAAGUCCUUAGUUAUCUAUGAUUUCAAACUACCUUGGGAGAUGGAAGUGGCUUUGACUAAUGAGGGGUGGUCUAGAACAAUAAUGAGUGGAUUCGAAAGUUUUGAGAUUAAAGGCCGUAAUCUUGUAACGAAGAUUUUAAUUACUGGCAAUUGCUGUCAACGUCUACAAUCUCUCAAAAUUUCUCAAAUGGAAGAUCUUAUUGAAGUGGAUUUGGCAAGGAUAAGGACAUUGAAUUUUCUUGAGAUUACAGACUGUAAAAAAUUGAAAAGAUUGUCACUAACACCUGAUCUUUCAAAGCUUUUAGAAUUGAAUACUGUGUUUUGUUCAAAUUUGGAGAGAGUGUCAGGGAUACCAGAUCUUACAAAACUAAUAUGCUUGUACAUCAAAGGUUGUCCUGAGCUUGAGGAGCUGCCAAGUCUUGCCAGACUCAGCUGCUUGGAGCAAAUUGAGAUUCACUCCUGUAAGAAGCUAGAGAAUAUUACGUUGCCAAUGGCUGCCACCAGGUUGGAGAAAAUUGAGACUUACUCCUGUAAGAAGCUGGAGAAUAUUGCGUUGCCAAUGGCAGCGACCAGGCUGUCUAUAACAAGUUGUAGAGAUUUGCAAAGAGUUGAUAUUACAAAGCUUACAAAGUUGUACAUUUAUAAUUGUUCUCAGCUUGAGGAGUUGUCAAGUCUUUCCAGACUUCCCAACAUCAGUCGUCGACCGGAUGUACAAACAUGCAAAGAUUUGCAAAGAGUAGCAGGUACUGGUGAGCUUACAAAGCUUACGAGGCUGAUUAUUGCACACUGCCCUAAGCUUGAGGAGUUGCCAAUACUUCCCAGAGUGAGUUGCUUGAAGCAAAUUGAGAUUUCCUCCUGUGAGAUGGUAAGGAACAUUACAUUGCCAACAACAGUCAUCGAGUUGUGUGUACAAAUGUGCAGAGCUUUGCAAAGAAUAGCAGGAACUGGCGAUCGUACAAAGCUUACACGGCUGAUUAUUGCACAUUGUCCUAUGCUUGAAGAGUUGCCAAGUCUUUGCAGAGUGAGCUGUUUGGAGCAAAUUGUGAUUGACCCUUGUGGGAAGCUAAAUAACAUUACAUUGUCAACAAUAGUCAUCAAGCUGUCUGUACAAACCUGCAGAGAUUUGCAAAGAGUAGCAGGAACUGGUGAUCUUCCAAAGCAGUACAUUAAUGAUUGUUCUCAGCUUGAGGAGUUACCAAGUCCUUCCAGAUCGAGUUGCUUGGAGAAAAUAGAGAUUGACUGCUGUGAAAAGCGAGAGAACAUUACAUUGCCAACGACACUCAUCAGCCUGUCUGCACGAAGUUGCAUAGGUUUGCAAAGAGUAACAGCUACCGGUGAUCUUACAAAUCUGACACGGCUGAUUAUUGCAUACUGCCCUAAGCUUGAAGAGUUGCCAAGUCUUUGCAGAGUGAGCUGUAUGGAGCAAAUUGUGAUUGACUCUUGUGGGAAGCUAAAGAACAUUACAUUGCCAACAACACUCACUAGCCUGUCUGCACGAAGAUGCAGAGAUUUGCAAAGAGUAGCAGUUACGGGGGAUCUUAUAAUGCUUACAAGAUUGAUUAUAGAAGAGUGUCCUGAGUUGGAGGAAUUGCCAAGUCUUUGCAGGGUUAGCUGCUUGGAGAAAAUUGUCAUUGACUCUUGUGGGAAGCUAAAGAACAUUAUAUUGCCAGCGACACUCGUCAGCCUGUUUGUACGAAGAUGCAGAUGUUUGCAAAGAAUAGUAGUUACCGGUGAUCUUACAAAGCUUACACUGUUGUACAUUGAAAAGUGCCCUGAGCUUGAGGAGUUGCCAAGUCUUUGGAGAGUCGGCUGCCUGGAGCAAAUUGGAAUUAGCUUCUGUGAGAAGAUAGAGACCAUUGAAUUGCCAACAACACUCAUCAGCGUGUGUGUACGAAGUUGCAGAGGUUUGCAAAGAGUAGCAGUUGCCGGUGAUCCUACAAACCUUACACAGAUGAUUAUUGCACACUGCCCUAAUCUUGAGGAGUUGCCAAAUCUUGGCAGAGGGAGCAGUUUGGAGAAAAUAGAGAUCGACUCGUGUGAGAAGCUAGAGAACAUUAUAUUGCCAAAAGCACUCAUCAGCCUCUCUGCACAAAGAUGCAGAGAUUUGCAAAGAGUAGCAGUUACCGGUGAUCUGACAAAGCUUACAGAGCUGAUUAUCGCACAGUGCCCUAAGCUUGAGGAUUUGCCAAGUCUUUGCAAAGUCAGCUGCCUGGAGAAAAUUGUCAUUGACUCCUGUGGGAAGCUGCAGAAAGUACCAGAGUUGCAUGCAUCAGAAUAUAUGAAACUUCGUUAUUGCAGUAACACAGUUAUACGGAAUUGCAUUCAUAAUUUGAAGAGUGUACCACAGAAAAUGGAUAUGAUUGGAAGAGCAGUGGAUGGAGCGGUGUUAAGAUUUAAUCAAAAUAUGUUUUGUGAUGCCAAUAUUGGCAUUGAUCGAGUGAUUGAAAUUGGUGCUCUAGAGGAAACAUAUCUUCCAAAGCGGUUAGAGUUGAUUGCAGUUAUUGCAUGCUUUAUCGUUAUGGUCGACGGCUGUCCUUUGGUGGGGGAUAUAAAUGAAUCACUUUCACAGUGGCUAGGCGGAGCCUUCCCGAGGGCUAGGCAGAGCAGAGCUAUGUGGUCAGGUGGCGGAGGAGGUGAGGUCAGGUGGCGGAAGCCGGGGGCGGGGUGGCCGGGCGGCGGCGGAGGUCGGGUCGGGCGGUGGAAGCCGACAGUGCGGAGGUCGGGUGGCAGAGGAGGCUGGCCCGGGCAGUGGCCACUGGGGUGGCGGGGUCAGCAGGCGGCGUUGGCGGCGGUUGGCAAGAGGCUGCUGGUGGCGGUGCAUGGCCGCCAGAGAGGGUCGGGUCGGCGGGGAGAGGGAGCCGACAGGUGGCCGGGCCGGAGGGGGUUGGGAGCUGAGCGGUGGCUGGAGUUGGGUGGAGGUGAGCUACGGUGGUGGCGGUGCUGCAGCAGCAGCCGGGAAGUAGCGGUGACCAGGGUUCCAGUGGCGGUCAGGGAGCUAGAGGUAGCCGGAGGUUGCAGCGACCGACGGGAGCAGCACUGUCGCCAAAGGGGGUUGAAAGGUGGCCGAGCCGGCGGGGGCUAG